UUUUGGAACUACAGCCAACCGAUUUCAGUUGAAUCGGUAGUCCGCUUUUGAGAGCCAUCCCUCACAGUCCUAAAGACUCGCCGAUGACGUGUGUGCGUGCUAUUUUUUGACAAGGUCAUGUUGUUUACGCUAUCGACCUCCGGCGGUCAUGUUGACGAGUUCUUAACGAGUCCUGUCGCCCUCCCCUUAUCUCCCACUUCUGCCGGUUGAAAGACAAAGUGGGCUUUCUGGAUCGCGUAAGGAUGUUAAGAGACCGACAACCGUUUCAUCCAUUGGGACCCUCAUUGUUUGAAUCUAUCUGUCGAUUUCGCAGAUUGAAGUAUUGGCAUAAAACGAACGUCUUCCACUGAUGAACAAACUAGAUCUAGUCAAUUCCGCUGACAAGUGGCCAGCAAAUCUCAUCGUCACCAAUUCUGAUCCCUCUUCUCUUUAAUGGCUUUUGCCCACGAGAGUCACCUCCCUCGUCGAGAACAGCUAAACCGUGACCCUGUCAAACUUGUCUCCAGGCGCCUCAACGUUUUCGGUCGUGGAACCUGCGUUGUUCCUACAUUAUGCCUGCUUCUUCUUCUCCUCGCUUGUACCCUCCGUACGACGACCCUGACCGCUGCAACGCGUCGUUCUUUUUCCGUUUAAAAUUGCUCCUCCUUCUCCAUCUGAUGCCUUUUCCACAAGACUCCUCGACAUCAUCCGCUCAUACAGCUAGAAAGGGAACAAGGAGACAAAGCCCGAUCGCUUGGACGGUGCGGUGCAGACUGGCCGGCAACGGCCACACAAGAGAAUGUGCGCUGGUUAAUAGGGUUGAGUUCAUUGACAGUGACGCAGAUGAAGCUGUUGAGAUGUGGAAAGUGCCACCCAUGUUCUAUCUAUACAUGCCUAUUUGAUGUUCAGUCGCUAUCGCGAUUAAGAGCAGAGUAACUACCAAACUCAACACGAUGCAACUCGGGGAUGACGUACUUCAUAGUCUACAAACAAGGCGGUUCAAAAGCGCCGGCGGACAUAUCAUCCAUGCAUGAAUACUAUCGUGGGUUGUUAUUGCCUGCCCGACUCGAGGUUGUCGGUACCUGGGCUUCUGUGGAUUUGAGGAGGUCCGCAGGCAUUCGAGACCUGCACGCACAUCAUGGUUCAAGAUCGAGUCACUGGGCUCUUACAACGGUAAGGAAU